CGCCCUUGAAAUGGAGCCUCAGCUCCGGAAACGCCGCCGCGCCCUUCCCGUGAACCCGGAAACAGAGCCGCAGCCCAGCCGCGGCCUCGGCGGCGCGUGCUCUGCUGUAAUCGCCAUUGCUCCUCUCCAUCUGCACCACCAACUCCCUGCUCACGGGCUCGAACACCCCGCGAGACAUGAACGUGAACGUGGUCCUGGAAUCGACGAUUGUCCCGCCGCUGCCGUCGAUUUCGGGGGACAGGUGCCGAUAUGGGAUCUCCACGCGCCGCCCGCCGACGCUGAUUUGCCGGAGACCAAGAUAAUAAUAGACGGAGUCCCGCGAUUCCGGCGAGUUGGCGAGACCAAGAUAAUAAUAGACGGAGUCCACGCGCAAGCAGUAGGAGAACCUAGCCAGCCCGAGUUGACUCGCGAGAGAGGAACGGCCGCGGCCGAGUCCCGCGAUUCCGGAGCUGAGGGAAGUGGAGUAGCCGCCAUAGCUGUGUAGGGAGAGCUCGGUUUUGGCGGUGAAAUCGGAAGCUGAGGAGGUGGAAGUCGCAGAUUGCCGGUUUGCAUGGUGUUUGAUUUGUUGGGCUUUGGUGAGGGAAGAGUUGACGAGUGAGUUGAGAUUCUGGUAAGGGCUUUAGAA